AUGUCUCCUCCCCGUUACAACUACCAGCCGUUGGAAGAUAAGGAACAUAUCCGCGUGCUGGAACUCAGGCCGAACAAAUUACGCAUCGAGAUUCAUAUUGUUCAUGUCGCUGUGUCGAGCAGAUGUUAUCAAGCGCUCUCUUCGGCGAUCAGCUCGAUUCCGUUGACAAAGAAUCUUCACAACGCCUUGUGCGACCUGCGAAACACAAAAGACAUGAAGAACCGUACCUUCUGGAUCGAUCAGAUCAGCAUCAACCAGCAGGAUGACCAUGAAAAAGGUCUACAGGUUUCCAUGAUGAGCCAGGUAUACUCGCAAGCACAACGCGUCGUCACCUAUCUUGGACCGGAAGAAUCGCCAGACCAAGAGCGCAAAGGACUCCAGCUGCUCGAAAGGAUAUACAAAAAUAUACUGGACAACGCUUGGAACCACAUCUUCACAGCUGGUAGUGUUCCAGCGUGCCUAAAGUCGAUUCCGCUAGAUGUCUGUGUUGAUUCGAAUAAAGAGACCCCGACUGAAAGGCAACUCUUCGAGCUCGGCUGGAUCUGGCUAGUUCGUGUAGCCUAUGGCGAGUGGACCCAGCGUUUAUGGAUCGUGCAGGAACAAAUUCUAAACCCCGAAAUCAUAAUCCUCCGCGGGCAUCAGUUGAUAGAAUGGGACGCCAUUGCUACCAUUCCUAUCCUAUUUGCUAUUGGAUUCAUCCCUCGAGUGUAUCUUCGUAUUAUAAAGCGUAUCAUGAGCGAAGAUGAAUUCUCUCGAAUUGAUACUGAAGAGUGCCUAUAUAGUAUGUGGUGGGAGAGGCGUGCCAGAUUCAUGGACCAACCGCCCUACGGACAGACCCUGGUCUUUAAUAUUCGUCACUAUGCGGGAUUACUUUGUGGAAACCCUCUUGAUCGAGUAUAUGCCAUUUUGGCUAUUUCCAGCGAUACUCAUGACCUCGCACUCGCCCCUGACUACAGCCGUACGUUCGAAGAGCUGACGAAGGAAGUCUCCGUCCGCACGUUCAAUCUUGCGUCCAAUUUGCAGGUCUUGGGUAUUGCAUCGAAAUGGAGACGAACAGGCUUGACGCUUCCUUCCUGGUGUUUUAUGUUUGGCGGACCGAGUGAUCUCAGGGAAAUUCCGUCGACUACCUCGUUUGAUGAGUAUGAGCCACAUCCGAUAAGUUCGAUGGUUCGACCAGCGCGAUUUGUGUCAGAGGACUCAGUGCUGGUCGUGAAAGGUCGGAUUGUGGACGUUGUGUGCGUCUCCCAACAUCGACUCGCUUCAUCUAGUCAAGCCAGUUUAUUGACACAAGAAGUGACCAAGAUCGGAGAACCCGAUCAGCGCUUGGAGGUCACCAAUUCUGCGGAUAAAGGCGGAACAUUAGUCUUUUCUUCCAGUCUGUGCGAUCUUCUUCCGGACGAUCCAAGCUCUGAAGACUUGAUACACUUGUUCUAUAUUGUAUUUGCACGACUCCCAUGGUCCCUACCCAUAGUUGAUCAAAUGAGUCCAGGUGAAACAACAGCCUUCCACUUCUUGGCGGCGAAUGUCCAGGUACUCAGGCUCGAAAAGGGCCGUGUGCUUGGACGUACUCGCGCCGGUCGCCUAUACAAUGCCAUGCAAGGCAUCGAGGACGGCGAUGUUAUUAUGGCACUUCAAGGGGCAGACCAACUUCACGUCAUGCGCCCAUGCGGAGAUAUGUUCAAACUCAUUGGCGACAUCUAUGUGGACGGCUUGAUGUUUGGAGAAGCCUAUGUCGGUCAGGAUCCCAACGAGGUCGACUAUGAGAUCAGCAUAUGUUAA